GAGCAAAAUGAAAUAAAAAAAGCUGCUGAAAAAAGUCAAAGAGAGACAGCCAUUAUGAAUGCAGAGGAGCUGUUUAAGGAAAGCAUGGUGCAUGAUGUUACAAAUAAAAAAGUAAAGAAAAUAACAUGAUUCAGCAACCAGGCCCAGCUGAUCUCGCUAAAAUGGCUCUCAACAGUAAUGAGGGACAUUAUGUUCCGAGGAGAGGAAUUCGCAUUAACAAGUGUGACUAUAUAAUGGAUACAGAAACGAUACCGGAAGGCUAUGUUCCGCUCUCGGAAGGGCAUCAAAUAUAUGUUCUUGUCAGAUGGCUGACUGCAACACAGAGCAGCUUCACGGGAAAAACAAAAUCUUUCUACUUCAAAUUGAUGGUGAAUGGGUUUUUCCAGCCACAUGAAGUUGUUGGCAUGACAGGUGGCCAGUUAUCUGAAACACCCUUAGGACAGGCAUCAAAAGCAUAUGCACUCUCCAAAUUGUCCAUGGACAGUAAGGAUGUCAUUUUUGCUCUGAACGCUAAAAUAGCAACAAUGACAAGAGCAGUCAGAACAAAGAGGGCACCAGAGGCACGACCAGAGGACCAAUAAACAAUUUAUGAUAAAUAAAUUUACAGUUUCUCCAAAUUCUUUCUGUCUUGUGUUGAUUACAAAUAAAUUU